AGCGCAUAGUCUACAAACUGCGACCUGAGACGAGCGAGAAUCAUCUGCUCCAGGCGACAGUGGAAUCGAUAAUAACAUUUUGGGCGGCAUAGUAACAAGUUAUUACAAACCAGAUAUUGUUUUAAGUACCUUGUGAUGUGUUGACGACUGACGAGUUAAUGUGAAAGUAAUAAUAUUUAUUCUGGAUUCUGGAACAAACAUGGCACGACCGAAAGUAAAAUUAAAUGAGGAUCCAUACUAUGGGCCGCUAAUCAACGACUAUAUCAGCAAAAUUAUUAAAUCCGGAUUUUUGUUGGAUGAAGAUAUGGAAUGCAUUCUCGACGAAUUUACAUCUAUCGAUCCACCUCCAUCGCAGAGACACGAAAUUCCUAAAAAACUGCUGCUCAGCUUUUCGUCACUGUUACUGUCAGGUCUUUUAGCUAAACACUAUUCACCAUGGAUUCUUGUACCGUCUUUAGUUGCCACUACAGUAGCGACCGGAUAUGAAGUUUCACGGUAUAUUACUAAAACUAAGCAACCGCAGCUCAUAGACAAACUAAUAGAAGCGAUUCAGAAAAAACUCGAACUGCACAGUCACAUACUAAAGUUCAUGAAACUAAGAAAUCAAAUGAUGAAGAAUCAAACGUUUACAGAUAUGUUGCCUGGCCGCAAGCUGAGAGACUUCGUAGAUACAUUUCAUGAAAACCAAGGCACCUAUAUCAAGGCCCUUUUGAAGCAUAUACAAACCAUAUCAUUUUUCUGUGACGAAAUAUCUGAGGAUUACGCACAAAUUGAAGAUUUAGAUCUGUCCAAACAAACUGCAGACAACGAUCUUCAGUAUUAUCUUUACGUGAACAAUCUACAGAUAUUACUUCAUUCAAAAGUAUUGAGCUACGUAGGUGUAACUCUUGGCUCAAAGUAUACAAGGCUUUCCAAAGACACGGUUGAAGUUUUUUUAAACAAGAGAAUUCCACGAAUCAUCGAACUCAUCUUACGGAACUACAAUGAGACCAAAAAAGGGUUUGAUCGUCUAAAAAGGUCUGCUAUUUUUUAUGCUGAGUAUAAAGAAAGGCCCAGGAGUGAAAAUAAGUACCUUCAUUCCAAGUUGAAGAGUGCUCUCACAGAUGCUGUCAACAACAUCUCGAUCUUGCUUGAUAAAUCGCAAAUCAUCUUAGACAGGUUAGGUGAUGGAGCGAUAAAUGCAUUAGAGGAUUCUAUGAAAGACCUCAGAGCUCAUUCUUUGGCUACCCACGAGUCUAUUGAUCUUUUAUGUAGACUACAUGGUAUUGUUGCUAAUGCUCAACCUGCGUCAGAUGCCGAACCACCUAAACAUCUUACUGUCAACAAGACAUACGAAGAAAGAGUUUGUGGUAACAUACGCUAUGACGAUAUAGUCCCACCUGAAGAAGGGAGAUAUAUGAUUUAUGUAGGCAAAGAUCCUGAAGAAGAAAUAUCCAGAACUGCAAGAAACGAUGUGGAUGAGACGGUAGGGCCAUUUUGCAGAUUAACGCUGGAGGAGCUCCGAAGAUCGUUAAUGCAAAACGGAACGUUUAUGGAAGCAAGAAAACGACGAUUCAGUAAUGAAAGUAGUGAAGAAUUCAAUGCGGAUUCACCGCCAAAACCAGAAUUAUCACCAAGAUUCGAUUCGGAAACUGCAGAUGUUCACGAAGAGCCCAAAGCCAAAUCAAGCUCAGUUAACAGUGAAGACGUUUAUAGUGGUAAACCUCCUGUACCUUUACCAAGGUCUGCGAUGAAGACGACAAGAUAUUUAGAUCAAUUUUUUAUGAAGGAUAUGCCUCCACCUCCUCCUAUGCCUACGUUUAACCUGGGUAGGGGAUAUGAAGAACAUGGAGGCUAUGGAAACAAAUCCAUGCUGGAGGAGAUAAUGACGUUAUCGAAACAAAGAGAUGUCAAAGAAGAUGUGUUUGUAGUUUCGGAUAUAGAUUCUGACUAAAAUCUAGUCAUAGAAAUUUUUUAUGCAAUUUUAAAUACAAUUUUAAAAUAAACGAUACUAUAUUUUUAGA